AAAAAAAUAAGAAGAUCAAUCUCCUUAUAGAAUUUCGUAGAUAUUUUUCUCCGCCUAUGACGUUAAUUACGCUUCCUACGUAGCUUAUAUAUAUACCUCAGGAUUGCAUUUCUUUAUUUGAUAUCGAGUGAAUUAGUUUGGUUUUUGGGUGGUGGUCAUAAAAUGGCAGCUGAAAAUCAAGAACCAUUGUUGGAGAAAAUAUAUUACGAUAAUUGUCCUGGUUGUAAAGUUGAUCGAAUGAAAGAGACCAAACUUGGGAUUCCUUACAAAGAACUUUCCUUCAUAUGGAUUGUUGUAUUAUGCACUGCUUUGCCAAUAUCAUCCCUCUUUCCAUUUCUAUACUUCAUGAUAAGAGAUUUCCAUAUUGCGAAGAAAGUUGAAGAUAUUGGAUACUAUGCAGGAUAUGUAGGGUCUGCGUUUAUGUUUGGAAGAGUUUUGACUUCUGUUUUCUGGGGAGUUGUAGCGGAUCGAUAUGGUCGAAAACCUGUUAUAAUGUUUGGUACUUUUUCAGUGGUUAUCUUCAACACUCUAUUUGGUCUCAGUACAAACUUUUGGAUGGCAAUUGCUACUAGGUUUCUUCUUGGAUGCUUUAAUGGUCUACUUGGUCCAAUGAAGGCAUAUGCGUGUGAAGUUUGCCGAGAUGAAUAUCAAGCUUUGUCAUUGUCGCUUGUUAGUACCGCAAAGGGAGUAGGGCUAAUCCUUGGUCCCGCACUUGGAGGGUUUUUAGCACAGCCUGCAGACAAGUAUCCAAGCUUAUUUCCUGAGGGAUCUCUCUUUGCAACAUUUCCAUAUUUCCUACCCUGUCUCUGUAUAUCAAUAUAUGCCGCGGCUGCAUGCAUAGCUUGUUUUUGGCUGCCGGAAACAUUACACAUGCAUGGUGAAUCGAGUGGGAAAGAAAAUAUAGAAGCAGCAAAUUCAAAAGAUGCUAAAGAAAGUCUUUGGACGAAUUGGCCAUUAAUAUCUUCAAUCAUUGUAUAUUGUGUUUUCUCACUCCAUGAAACAGCAUACUCAGAGAUAUUCUCGUUGUGGGCUGUUAGUCCUAGAAAUCUUGGAGGAUUGAGCUUUACCACUGAGAACGUUGGCGAAGUUCUUGCAAUCACAGGUUUCAGUCUUCUAGCGUUUCAAAUUUUUCUGUAUCCGGUUGUUGAGAAGAUUUUUGGACACAUAAAGAUAACUCGUGUUGCAGCGAUUUUAUCUGUACCAUUGUUAACAAGUUACACACUAAUAGCAAAACUAUCUGGGAUCAGUCUCGCAAUAGCACUAAAUUUGGCAUCCCUGUUCAAGAAUGUUCUUUCUCUUGCCAUUAUCACUGGAAUGUUCAUCCUUCAAAACAGCGCAGUGCCUCAAAACCAAAGAGGAGCUGCCAAUGGUCUGUCAAUGACUGCGAUGUCUCUUUUUAAAGCGUUUGGUCCAGCUGGUGGUGGUGUUCUGUUUUCGUGGUCACAAACGCGCAUGGAUGCUUCAUUUCUUCCUGGCACUCAGAUGGUUUUUUUCAUCCUAAAUGUGGUUGAGGUGAUAGGAUUACUAAUGACCUUCAAACCGUUUCUGACGUUUCGACAAAAUCUUUGAUAGUGUUUAUCUAUGCACACUGUCUGUGAAGAUGACAGAAGUAUUACUGCGUCGGUUAUACAUUUUAUGCUAAGAGCGCACCAUUAAGGAUUGGUUUAUGUGUAUGGCGUCUGUGAUCUACGAUGAUCAGUUAAAAUAAAUAGUUGAGGACAUCCUCAUCCAAAAUAAGAUUUGUGCAGACAUGUAUGUCCACUGUAAAACCGUUAUUGUAUUGAUUAAGAGUGCAGAACUACAUUAUGCAUGUCAAAUUAUAAAUGUCAAUAAACAUUCCAUCAUGUUUGCUAUUCAAGUCUGUUCCGCUAUUCU